AUUACUUAAUUUACUGACUUUUUUACUGGUUUGAGGGGGGGGGAAAUCUAGUUUUUUUUUACAGAAGCAGAUUUUCAUUUCCCCAGUCCCUGCUAUAUUCAGGCUGCUUCACUGUCACUAUUACAGCUGCAGGAUCUCGGUCAUAAGACAAACUUCCUCUUUUUGACAUGAGAGCAGCUAUUUUGACUUCACAGCUUGGAAUCCGCGAGAAAGCGUCUCUCUGUUUUCAUUUAAGCAGGAAAUACAGAUGGUUUAUUCACUUUGAAUCAGACUGAGAUGUUAAGGUUGUUUCGACUCUGUGUGUAUACGCUGUUGUUUUUUAUCAGUUUUUCAGAGGCAGUGAUAUCCUGUUUAAAUGAGGAUGGUCAGCCUGUUGACUGGUUCAUUAUUUACAAACUUCCCAUUUACAAGAUGGAAGUUAAGGGAAGUGGAGUGGAUUACAUGUAUCUGGAUCCAUCAGUCGUGGAUUUCCAGAUGAGUAAACAUACAGUCAACAGCAGUAAAGGAGCUUUAGGAAGAACACUGACACAGCUUUACUCCAGAUAUACAUCUAACGGCUCAGUCUAUAUGGUUUACAAUGACGCUCCACCAGAACUGAAGUACCCAAGCAACUAUGGACAUACAAAAGGCGUACUGAUGUUUGACCACUCUCAGGGAUUUUGGCUCACACACAGUGUUCCUCAUUUCCCUCCGUUUCCAGAGAGAAAUUACAGUUACCCAUCUACAGGAAAAUACUACGGACAGACUCUGCUCUGUAUUACAUACAACUACGCACAGUUCCCUCAAAUAUCAUGGCAGUUAGCAUAUCUUAAUCCACGCAUGUAUAACUGCUCUGUCCCUAUGGCAUUUCGCCCGGACUUUGCAGUCAUGGCACAGAUUUGUGAUGGUAAGACACCUGCCAUUAAAAACAGAAGAAGUCUGCAGAAGCUGAAGUCAGUCCGAGGACAAACUUUUUUCAGUUUUGCCAAAUCACACAACUAUGUGGAUGACAUUUACACUGGUUGGGUGGCUCAAGCAUUGGGGACAGAUCUGCUGGUGGAGUCAUGGCUGCACCAGGCACAUCGGCUCCCCUCCAACUGCUCACUUCCCCGGCACGUGAUGAACAUUGACAGAGUUCGUCUUCCAGGACCGCAGAUGUUCAGAAGCUAUGAGGAUCAUUCAAAGUGGUGCGUGUCUUAUGCAUUCAAAGACCAGUGGGCAUGUCUGGGGGACUUGAACAGAGACAGUGGCCAGGCUGGCAGAGCUGGUGGGCUGAUAUGUUCUCAAAGCUCAGUCAUUUAUAAAGCUUUCCGUCAAGCCAUGGCUGGGUAUAAACACUGCUGAAAAAAAAAUACCUUCAGUACAUUGACUUUUGUGCAUGCAUUAACCACUUUUGAAAACCUAAUCAACAAAAGAAAAACAGUUUGUUUUUUAACCAAGUUUUAACAUUGUUUUAUUUUGUUUCAAACCUUUAUGACAUGUCAUUCCAAACCUGUUUAUGUUAAUAUGUUCUGUGAAACACAAAAUAAAACAGUUUGAAUAAUGUUGGCAACCAAACAGGUUUUUUUUUUUUUUUUUUUUUUUUUUUUUUUUGAUAAUUGAAAGAAAUAUUUUUGAAGUUGUAAAUAAAACAAAGAUCACUGGAGUGAUGUUUGUUUAAUAAACACAUUUAUUCUGUACGCAAAUUCACAUUUAAUUCAAUCUGUUGUGUGCCAUGUCUUUGUAGUUACUUGUAAAACUAGUGAAAUAAAAAAUAAAUGAAUUAAGAAGGUGAAUUAAAAAGAA